GUAUAUAUUCAGCCACUUGUUCUGCUUCAGUCAUGGAUGAUCCUCCCCCCAAAAAGGCUUCUGCAGCACAGAAACAGCUCAGCUCUCGACUACAGCUUUGAGUAGAGCACACCGUCUAGCCGUCAAAGAUUCGAUUGCUUUCCCAACUUACUGUGCAAGCCCAAGACUUCGACACGCUCGAGGCUCUUCUUCCAACAUGACUUCUCAAUCAUCGCAAGGCGAUGCCUCUGCCGCUUCGGACAAACCUCGCAUCGCGACUUCAGACGAUGGAGUAGGCUUCUGGCAUCCAUCCAUUCGUCCACUGGUCAAAGCGUACAUGAUCGGUCUGAUGCGCGUGACCAUCAUGAUCAGUGUGUUGAUCUGGACACUGGUGGCCUUGUACUGGGCAAGCUUGUAUCGAGAAGUGGAAUCCACACCCAACAUCGACGCUGCCAUCAUCGAUAGGGACGGAGGCUUGAUCGGAUCCACCAUCACUAACCAGCUCUUGGCCAUCAACGCAUCGCCUGCUCCUAGGCUCACAUGGAGAAGCGUCUCGCCUUCCACCUACCCCACUUCGGCAGAUGUGGAAAAAGCAGUGGCGAUAGAUUUCGAUACUUGGCUCAUCAUCGAGAUCGCUCAAGGAGCCACAGCUCGACUGGAAGCUGCACGAGCGGCGGGAGAUGCAUCUUGGAAUCCCAAUUCCGUCGUCACCUUGACCUACGCAGAGGCUCGUAAUCAAGUAGGCUUCGGUCUGAUCAUGACGAUCGCCCGAUCUUCUCUCCAGCCCGUCUUGGCGAACAUCAACACGCAGCUCGCUGCUCAAUAUCUGACGUCUUUGGGAGCAAAUUCCGCAGCUGCAAUCACUGCCCUUUCGAAUGCUCCCUCUACCAUUGCCAAUCCGGUAGCGAUGACGACGAACAAUAUCAGACCUUACUCUCAACCAGUAGCGACGGCCGCCACUUUUGUCGGUCUCAUCUACCUUUGCAUCCUCGCCUUCAACGUCGUCAUGGCCGGCUUCGGCAUGCGAGCAGGCAUGGGACUGAACAGGAAGUUGAAUCUGCGCUCCCUCAUCCUAGCCCGCAUCUUGCUUCCCGCCAUAUCCUACAUCUUCCUCUCCCUCAUGUUCUCCUUGCUCGAAAUCGCCUUUGAACUCGAUUUCAAAGCGAUGGGCUACACGUAUGGAGCUGGUUUCAUGGUCUGGUUCUGCUUUACCUAUACCGGUAUGCUACUACUCGGACUCAUGACCGAGGCUUUCUUGUCCCUCGUCGGCGCUCCCUUUAUAGGCUUCUGCCUGAUCCUCAUCAUCAUCGUCAACGUUGCCGUAUCCAAUCUUCCCAUCGAGCUUCAAAACGAGUUUUUCAAGUACGGCUACGCGAUGCCGUUCUACAACCUCAAGCAGAGCUACCUGACCAUCGUGUUCAACGUUGGCAAACGUUCGGACCUCUUCAAAUACGCUGGUAUUCUCUGGGUCUGGAUCAUCGUCGUCAUCUUCACCUUCCCAAUCUGGAUCUGGUGGGAGAGAAAGAGGGAGAUCAAGGCUGCUAGUGCUCCUCCUCGUGGACCUCCUCCUCCUUCUGCACAAAAACCAGUGACGGAUGAAGAGGCUCAGAAGAACGAGCAGUAGAGCCCUUUUCUUGUUGUUUUCGUGCCUCCCCCCCUCUUCUGGUCUGCUUGGCCGGCACCGAGCUCUAUCCAGCUCGCGAAACGCUCAACAUCAGUAAUCUCCGGAUACCCCCUCCCUUUUCCCUUGAACGCUUUUCCCUCCACCCCCCCGAACCUCUCCGCAAAAUCUUGUACCAACAGACGACUUCCUGCAGAACGUGCAGGUUCGCAUUCCAUUCAGAUCAGGCGUCUUGCACUCCUUUGCAACAUUUUGCGUGGCGGCCAAGUCAAUAAAUAGCCAAGACCAAAAUGAACGCUUCUGAGCGCUGUGCUCCCUUUCUCUCUAUAAGCCGAGCUUGCCCCCCUCCUUCUGAAGUCUUUGGGGGGACCUGCUCGCUUAUUGCUCGCAUCGAG